UACUGUUCGUCUCUCCUCAGGAACUCAUUCCCCUUACCUUUUUCUUCUCAUUUAGCCCUCAGAAAAAUCCCUAGAUUUCUCCAAUAGAUGUAAACUUACACAAAUAGCUUUUAGAGAGAGAAUAAAGGAAGUUUACCAACAGGGAUUUUUUUCUUCUAAAUAAAUUUUAUCUGUAUUUUGGUCUCUCUUGGGAAAGAGAUGGCUUUGAGGCGUCUUCUCAGCGAGGUCAAACCUCGCGAGUCACAGAUGAGACUGUUAAGCUAUCUGGCAGCUGGAAAUAAUCGAGCUUCACCACAUGCUAAAGGAGUUGCUCAAAGGCUUACAAGUGCUCUCGGCACAAGCUCGAUUGGAAAACCGAGUUAUUUCGGCAGUCUAGCCCGUAGAGUGCGCAAUAAUGAGGGAUCGAGUGAUGCUGCAUAUUUAAAGGAGCUUUAUCAUAGAAAUGAUCCAGAAGCAGUCAUAAGGUUGUUUGAGAGUCAACCUUCUUUACAUUCUAACCCAUCUGCGCUUGCUGAGUAUGUGAAGGCCUUAGUUAAGGUCGACCGGCUUGAUGAGAGUGAGCUGCUUAAGACAUUGCACAGAGGGAUGCUUGGAGCUGUUAGCUCACACGUGGAAGAAGAAAGUUAUGGAGCUCUUUCGGCUCUUAAAAAUGUUGGGAAGACUUCGAAAGAUGGAAUCCUUGGUACAGCUGGCGCUCCUAUACACAUGGUGACUGCUGAAGGUGGGAAUUUCAAGGAGCAGUUGUGGAGAACAGUCCGUGCAUUGGGUUUGGCCUUCCUCCUGAUUUCUGGUGUUGGGGCACUGAUCGAGGAUAGAGGGAUCGGUAAAGGACUCGGCUUGCAUGAAGAGGUGCAACCCAGUAUGGAAUCUAAUACGAAGUUUAGUGAUGUGAAAGGAGUUGAUGAGGCGAAAUCUGAGCUGGAAGAAAUUGUUCACUACCUUCGCGAUCCUAAGCGCUUUACGCGUCUUGGUGGCAAGCUCCCGAAAGGUGUCCUCUUGGUGGGCCCACCCGGCACGGGUAAAACUAUGCUUGCUCGGGCCAUAGCUGGGGAGGCCGGUGUUCCUUUCUUCUCGUGCAGUGGCAGCGAAUUCGAGGAGAUGUUUGUUGGAGUGGGGGCCCGCCGUGUGAGGGACCUUUUUGCCGCCGCUAAGAAGAGGUCUCCGUGCAUAAUAUUCAUAGACGAAAUCGAUGCCAUUGGUGGGAGCCGAAACCCUAAGGAUCAACAGUACAUGAAGAUGACCCUGAACCAGUUGCUGGUUGAGCUUGAUGGGUUCAAACAGAAUGAGGGCAUUAUCGUAAUUGCAGCCACUAACUUCCCCGAGUCACUGGAUAAGGCUUUGGUCAGGCCCGGCCGGUUUGAUCGGCAUAUUGUGGUCCCAAAUCCAGAUGUCGAGGGGAGGAGGCAGAUUCUGGAAUCCCACAUGUCCAAGGUCCAGAAGGCCGAUGACGUGGACUUGAUGAUAAUCGCGCGCGGGACCCCCGGAUUCUCGGGCGCUGACCUGGCGAACCUCGUCAACGUGGCGGCCCUGAAGGCCGCCAUGGACGGCGCGAAAGCCGUCACGAUGUUCGACCUCGAGCACGCCAAGGACAAGAUCAUGAUGGGCAGCGAGCGAAAAUCGGCCGUCAUAUCUCCCGAGUCUCGCCGUCUAACCGCCUACCACGAGGGCGGCCACGCCCUCGUCGCCAUCCACACGGACGGUGCCUUACCCGUCCACAAGGCCACCAUCGUCCCGCGUGGCAUGGCCCUCGGCAUGGUCUCCCAACUCCCCGACAAAGACGAGACGAGCUUUUCCCGCCGCCAAAUGCUCGCUCGACUCGACGUCGCCAUGGGCGGCCGAGUCGCGGAGGAGCUCGUUUUCGGCGAGCCCGAGGUCACGUCGGGAGCCUCCAACGACCUCCAGCAGGCUACCUCUCUCGCCCGAGCAAUGGUGACGAAAUACGGGAUGAGUAAAGCGGUUGGGGUCGUGACGCAUAAUUACGAUGACAACGGGAAGAGCAUGAGCACCGAGACUAGGCUUUUGAUCGAGAAGGAGGUGAAGGAGUUUCUCGAGCGGGCGUACGGGAACGCCAGGAAUAUUCUCACGACGCACGAUAAGGAGUUGCACGCGCUCGCCAACGCGCUGCUCGAGCACGAGACUUUGACCGGAAGUCAAAUCAAGGGGAUAAUCGAGCAGGUCGACUCCAAGGAGAAGAAGAAAGCGGCNCUUGCAAGAUUUAGGGUGAAAGGUGCUGCAAAGUACUUGCUGGAAAUGGGUGAAACUGAAAGCUGCAAUUCGGAUUAG